UUAUGCUGGUUGUUGACACCAACAUCAGAAAGCUGCUUGUGUUAUUAGAAAGGUGGAGCAUUCUGGAAAGGAAGAACAUAAAAAUGUCUCAGGAAAAGAAUGUGUUUCUACAAAAGAAAUUUCAUGAUCAGCAGGAACAUUGUCCUUCCAUACAAUCUGUUGGCCUGAGGGAGAAGUGCAACUAUUUAGAAGAGAGUAUCCGGAUACUGCAAGAGAGGAAUGACUGCUUGCAGGUGUGUUGCGAAGUACAGGCAGGAAAUCUGCGUAAGCUUCAGACCAGCUAUGGGCAGCAUCAUCACUUUGAUGCAGGUGUGAUGGAGAAUGGUUUAUCACUUCAGGAGGAAAACACUACUCUGAAGAAAAAGCUUAAGUUAAUGUGGGAACGAAACAACACACUACAGGAAACCAACAAUACAGUGCAGAGCACCUGUGAGGUUCUUGAGGAAAAUAACCGGUUUCUGAAAAAGGAAUUGGAUACACUACAAAAGAGCAAUGACUCUCUGAAAGCAGAAUGCAAGAGUCUUCGAGACAGUAUCAUGCUUCAUCAAGACACCCUGAACGCCUCAAUAGCCAGUAGUGUGUCUUUGCAGGAGAAGUGUGACAUUCUUGAGAAAAGCAUCAGAUCACUGCAAGAGAGGUGUGCUGUUCUGGAGAAAAAUGUCCAAUCAUUGCAGGAGAAGUGUAAGUUGUGUGAGGAGGUAAAAGCUGCUACAGAACAUGAGUCAAGAAGCCUUCAACAACAACUCAGGUGCUCAGAAGAGGAACUGAAGCUGUCUAAGCACCGCAUCAAACAGCUCGAAAAGCAGUUGAUACUUAUAUCUUCAGAGAAGUGUGAAGAAAAUUCUAUGGGCCUCUCGGAGAAGAUUUCAAAACUGGAGCAAGAAAACCUCAGCAAAGAGAUGAGGCUUGCAGAGCUCCAAGGUAAAGUGACAGCUCUUAUGGAAACGCAAAAAAAUAUGAAAGCAUCUGUUGGAAAUAAAGAGGAAUUAAACCAACUUGUUAAGUAUUUACAAAAUCUUUUGGCUGAAAAAGACAGUCACAUCUUGGAACUUGAAGAGAAGUGGAAACUGCUUAUGCAUACUCACACAGAGCUCAGAAAGCAGUCUGAGACCAUGCAGACUACCAUAGAGCAUGUGGAACCAGCAACAAAAGAGAAGGUAAAGAUAAAAGCAGACUUAGAAAUUCUCAGUAAUUCCAGCAGAAAACAGGUGGAAAAUGACAGCAAAGGUGAUGAUUUAAACCAGUUAACAAGCAUUGACCAUCAAGAGGUCAUACUUCCAGAGGAAGAAACAAGAAGACAGAAAGUGAAGCUGAGUGAGCUGACAGGCAAGAAGAUGUAUGCGAGUUCUGAGCAAUCAUUAGAAUCAUCAGACAGCAUGAUGAUGAGCAGCGACUUUGACUCAGAUAUUGUUGCAGGUGUAGAUGCAGAUAUCAUGAAAGAAAUGAAGCGCCUCAGAAGGGAUAUCAAGAGGACAAAGGCAGUGUAUGCCAAUGAGAGUGCACUCCUUCAUGAGGCAUUAGAGCGAGAGUCAAUGUCACAAAGCCGGAUUAGACCAACCAGGCUCCCUGCCCCUGCACCAGAUGCCCUGAACAUCAGCACCAGUGGCUUGCCUGAGGACCCUGAACACCUUAGGGAGCUGGUGGUGAAGCUUCUGGAGGAAAAUAAGUCUCACAAGACUGAGAACCUUUAUCUGCAACUGAGGAUCAAGGAGCAGGAGGCUCUUGUGCUAAAAGUGGAAGAGGGACUAAGCCAUUCUCCUAAGCGCCUGCUGGAGUCACAGUCUCUCUUCGAACGUCAGCUGCUGCUGCUGCAGAAACAGAGAGAUGAGCUUCUUCAGCAGAUACAUGAAAGGGACAGCAACACCAAGCUUCUGUCAGAGCAGAUAGGGAAAGGCAACGUGCAAGAGCUGGCACUGCAGCAUGACAAAGAGACCUUGCAAGAGAAGGUGGAAGAACUAGAGCACUGCCAUCAGCUGCUGCAGCAACGCCAGGCAGAACUUGCCCACUGCCAGGCAGAAAAGCGACACUUGGAACAGCUGCUGCUGCUGAAGGAUGAGACAGAGCGUCAGCUCAUGCGACAGAAGCGCCUGCUAGAAGAAGAGCUGUCCAGCAUCGAAGAGAAGCUGCAAGAAAGAGAGGCCAUCCUGGUUGAAGACAAAGCUCGCCUCUUAUCUGAACUUAAAAAGAAGGAUUUGCACAUACUCCGACUGCAGAGCUGUCAGCUUCCUACACCUCAGUUCCACUCAACACCAGCUGUCUUCAACAAAGUUGUGGAAUACAGAAUCGGACAUGGGUCCGAGCAUAUGACCCUCCCACCCAGCCACUUUCAGCAUCAGUCUAAACUCUUUCACGUGCAGCAUCCUGGUGCAGAAGUGUCACUGCCUCCAGGUCUGCAGCUUUCCCCUCAAGACUGUUUAGAUGGCUCGUAUUUGGAGCAAACAAGUAAGAAUGCUGAGACAUCUGGUGAAGCUUUAUGCAAUCCAGAAUACUUUAAUGAGGGCCUGUUAUCCAGUUCUGUUUGUUUGCCUUCUCCUCGAAGGCACAGCACUGGAGAGUCAGGAUGCCCUGAACAACUUCCCAAAGAUCCCAUGGAGCUGCAUCGUUUCCAUAUAGAUGCUGUGGAAAGGCUAAGAGAAAAGCUACGGCUGGAGGUGGAAGAGAAAGCCUGUCGUGAGGGUCAGUCCUCACCCAUGACUGGCAGCUGCCAGCUUCAUAGUAACCGCUUACACUGACAUGUUUGAUUUGACUGACAUGACUCCAGCAUGUUUAGUUAUUUCUGUUCCUCUUUUGGGUCAUAUUUUGAAGUUGCACUUAAGGGUUUUUUCCCUGCUGGAAAGUGUACAUCACUUGCAGGAUGUGGUGCACAUGUCCAGGCCUUCUGCCUCAGGAGUGUGUAUUUAUUGUGGGAAGGUUUCGUUAUCCAAAAGAGGUUACACCAAAAUCCAAUUUCAUGGCACAGAGUUUGAUUAGAUUACAUGCAUUUGAUGAUUACUUGAAAUUCCAUCUCACUUUUACCUACCCACCCUUCUUCAGGUUGAUCUCAUGUACAUAAUUUGAUGGUAUUAAGCUCUGUAUCUUGAACUUAUAGAUUUCUUCUGAGUCUAGAUGUGUUGUCUGCAUGGCUUUGAUGUUUCAGUGUCUGCAUGUAUUGUGAAAGGCUGUGCUUUUAUUUUUUGAAAAAGUACCAAAAGAAAAAAUAUCUGGAUACUUUGGUGUUUUGGACCUAAAUAUCUUAAGAGCUUUAGUGACCAGUCGACUUUUUGAAUUUGCUAUACUGGUAUCUUUUUCUCAAUGUCAAGUGUUUGUUCAAAAAGUUAAAAACUAAAUUAUAAAAUAUAUUUUGUGAAUCUCAGUUUCCUUAUUUUUUUCAUUUCACAGAUAAAUCAUUUUCCUUGCAGUAGAAAUUUACUAGCAGUUGCACCAAAAAACUGAACAUAUAUAGGGCAGUAAUUAAGACGUGCAUUUUCUACAAUGCCUGUGGACAUGCACUUUUAAUGAAAUGCUGUGUGAUAUCCAUCAUUUAGUCAGAUAUUUCAGCUGUUGCUGGCCUUUGACUUCAAGAAUUUGUUUAAUUAACAUUUGAUCAUGCCUUUCAAAAUAUGCAAUCCAAUGUCACCAUGUUGUGAAUGUACACUGUAUGUAGACUAUGCAAUGAAGUUGUACAUUUUAUUGAUUUUUGGAAUUACUACCCUGGUCAGCAUAGUUUAGCUUCUCUUAAUGGAGAAAUUUGGAACAAAGAUGGAUGCCAAAAUUCACAUAUCUGCUAAAAUUACUGGUUGCUUUUAAUGCUGCCAUUAACUUUGACUUAUAUAUACAUAAGAUCUGUCAGUUUAUAGUAACGUCGAGUUUGAUCUCCAAACAGUUUUCAGUCAAGUUGAUGAAUCAUCUGCAUUCAGAAUCAUCAAGAAUGAGCAUGAAAAGAUACUUUGAAAAGUAUGUACAGAUCUGCAGUGUUUCAAGAUAACUGCUCUUUCGGAAAGUACUUUGAUUUUUGAGUGUCAUUACAAUGACUUACUUCCCUUGCUUCUAUGGAAUUGGUGAUUUUUUUUUUUUUUUGUUGUUUUUUUGUUUUUUUUUUUUUUUUUUUUUUUUUGGGGGGGGGGUAACAUUUUUUGCAUUUAUCGUUGCAUAGCUAAGUGCAGCAACUACUAAAAUCAGGAUGAUUCAGUGUUAAAGUCCUAUGAUCAAUGAAGACCAAGGUCAUAGGUUUGGAAUUCUCGUUGCCUUUUAAAGGAAUUUUCAAAAAAUUUCUUUCAGUUGGUAUCUAUAGCUCCUACAAAUUUCAGGGUUCUGGAAGUUUGUUGAUUGUAUAACGAUGUGUUUAACAUAGCCAUUUUUACAGUUUAGUUUUCAUACAGUCAGUGAAUGGAGAAACUCUUGUGAAUUUACCAGGAAUACAAAGGAGCAGAGUCUUGAGUCAUGAUGCAAGAAGAGUCUGUGAUAUUAGAAUAAGUGACAAUAUGGUUUCUCAGACAAGAUUAUUGUAUCUUGUUCACUUCUUUUCAAUCUGCCCUGUCUGACUCAGGAGACAGAAGGUAUUCUUGCAUCUUACCUUAUCAUUUCAAAAAAUAAAAAGUUAUUUCUAUAGAUUUUGCAGUAUGUUGCUGUACAUGGAUAUAUUUACUCUCACACACACAGGCACAUACAGUCUACUGCUUUAUUCUCUGUGUAUGUUCAGUGCUUUCUCUUGCUAUUUACUCCUAAUACUAAUUUAUACUAAUAUCCGUCCUUGCUUUAAACAGUUCUUUAUUUUGGUAGGCUUGUACUUACUCACCUAUUGGAUUAGUUUUCUUUCUUAGUUUAACCCAGUUUUUUUGUUGCCAGUUAUUCCCUUACUAAUCAAGAUGCAGUUAGUCCUCGGUUUUAACUUCAUUACUAUCUCUAUAUUGUUUUUUCUUUGGCCAGCUUAGUUGUGAUGAGGUGUAACAUUCCAAGUUUCAUCUUCAGUCUUAUUCUUGGCAGUUUGUACUUAUCUUUUUGGUCAGCAGUGCUUCUCAGCGCUUCAUAUGUGAGCUUGUACUCUAAUUGCAGACUGGUCAAAUCGACUACCCAUGCCUUUGUAUUCCAACAUUUGCACUUUUCGGUGAUGUAAGAGAGCCCUAUGAGCCUGAUUGUUACCUGCCCUUGGCCAGCACACAUGCUAAACAUGAUAGAUGUUAUAAGGUUAAUUGACUUGUAAGCUGCAGGUGCCAGAUGAAUUCCAGUACAUGGGAAGUAUCUUGACUGUGUUACAAAUAACUUGGUACAUUUUUUACUCUUUAUUUUGUCCACACAUGUACAUGCAUAGGUAAUAAAAUGGCACAAAUCAUGCUUCAGUGCUUUAGGGUGCUUGAGCAGUCUCACUGUUGCUUGCUUUUUACCAUAAAUUAUCUUCCUCAGCUUUAAUUUGGUCUCUUAUUAUUGAUUUAGAAGAUUCAUAGCAGGUCUCUGGCUUGAAGUUGGAAACCUGAUUUUAUGAAGGAAGGUAUAGGUGACUGAAGGAGAAGAUUAUAAUCUCCAACCAUGGGAUGUGCCCUAGACACCCUGAAAACAUGUUUACUGCCAACCCUAACUCUUUACUUCAUUCUUUUAUCUGUUUAUUGAAAACCAGUGACUGGAUAUUUUCGUGGGAGUUGGUUUGGAGGACCUGAUGGCUGAUGUUUAGUUAUUGUGCAGGAAAAAUAACUUCAUUGGUGUAAAUUUUUACACUUUUCCUCAACAGAUCUGACUUUCUUAUUUUUGACUGCAUUCUCAAGCAGGUUGUAUCUUUUCAAAGUGGAUUAUAAAGUUAUUUCUACCAAUAAGACAUUGGAUUGGGAAGUCGCAAAGGAAUUACUGUCAGGAUCUUUGUUACAAGGGUUUUUACAACUUCCUUGUACAUCAUCAAUACCAAAGGAAACAUAUUUCUUAGCUGGUAAGAUUUUGUCAGGAUUGCACUGUGUGCAUGCAUGUGUGUGUGCGUGCAUGUGCACUCAUUUUACAAGCACCUUUUUGUGUUGUUUUGGUCUCUAUGCUGCUGUAGAAAGAUGCACACCUUGUAGUCGGACGUCAGUUUUGCUUUUAAUGUUGCACUAGCUAUGAUUGGAUGCCAACAUUGUUUCUUUUUUCAUUCAUUCUUACAGAACCUCCACAUCACCCCCAACACACACACAUUCAUUGACACUGGGAGACUUAGAGGCUAAUGAACCACACAGUGAAUGGUGACAGUGAUGAUAGCAAUUGGGAGGAAAAGAGGAAGGGUAGCCGUAGGCAUGCCCCUCCAGCUAUAUGGCCAUACUUGUAGCUAGGUAGCUCUCAUCAUGAAUGUUGUGCAGGCUCAGCUGUUCUCAGCUGCACUUUAUCCAAGCACAUUGCCCAGUGGCCUCACGGUGUCAUGAUAUGGCAUUAGUAGUACACCCCAGCACUUAAAGGAUGUCAGCCAGAGGUGUGAAAUCCCAUUCAAACUUUUCAGGUUUUUGUCUGAAAUCUUUAAAAAAUGAUGUUGCAUGCUGUGUUGCAAGGUCUUCAGCCAUCACCCUCAGCAAUGUUUUGUUUUAACCUUGGUUCACUUCCCAAACUCUGCUCUGGAAGGAAAUAAGUGGGGUUGUUGGUGUCAAGCUGAUUAGAAGUCCUACUCGUAACAGCUUCACAUUAGUGCAGGGUGUUGCAGGCAGAGUUUAUCGCAGGUUUUGGCAGUAAACAGAAAAUUCUGUAGACAACGCUCGUGUAUCAACAUCUAAUAGUUUUGCCUUCAGUGUUGCUGAGCUUAAUCUUUUUUUAAUUUAGUGUGAUGCUACUAAUAUACUCUUCUUUCCCAAGUUUUCUUGAUCUUUGUGUUGGAGAGAUUGUUGCUUAAUCCAAACCUGUAGUGGAAACUUUCUAACACUAUCUUGGGUGAAGGCACUGCUUUUUUUUUCAUCAAAUGAUAUAGUCAUUUUCAUGCACGCACACACAGUCUACAUUAUGCACUUAAUCAUUUGACCAUGCACUUGAUGUGUACAAUAUUCCAUUUCAUUUCUUGAUCACUCCCUUCCAGUUUUCCAGUUAGGUGCCGUGCUAUGCUAAAGGCAACGUUCUUAUUUGUAUCACUUUCCCCAGCACUUCCCCCACCCCCACACCAUUCAUCAAUCUCCUCCAUUCAUCACUUGGCACUUUUAUGCUGUGGAAAGCAAUUGGACAAAGUGGCGACAGACUAAUGAACAAAGUAUGGGCAGGAUUAUAUUCUAGUCCUAUUAGUUUCUGAAACAGUCUCAGUUUCGUCUCCUCUACCCUUUCUUUGUCUUUUCUUUCUCUUUUUUUUUUUUUUUUUUUGGCAUCAAAAUAUUAGACGUGAACAAAUCAAUUAUUUAUGGAGUUUAACGGAUGAGUUUUUUUUAUUUCCUUAAUAUUCCCCAACCAACCCUUCUGCUGUUUCUAAAACUUGAAGCUCUUGCUUCUAGUCUUUAGGAAACUUUGGUUCUUUAUAUUCCUUGUCUAGGAACAGUAAAUUUAUCCUGGUCUUGGACAUCAGUCAGCAAAAUCAAAGCUUGUGAUAGAAUCUCAGGAAUACCUGGCAUGACGAAUUCAUAACAAAAAUAAAAUACAUGACAGAGUUUGCAAAAAUAGUUGGAAUCAUGCAGGGUUUAUUUUUGAGUGUAUUUUUGACGUGCUGUCACUUAUUUGGUUGGUGAGUUGUGCAGUUAUUAGUGAUAUCUGUACUUGAUACCAGUGAAUGUAAAAUGCAUAUUACCUGUUUAAUAACAGGCAUGUUUUCCAAAGUUUGGUAUUUCUAAGCAAAAGAAGUCACAGGGAAAAUAGAGGGUUUUUAUAGCCCCAUGACACUUAUUAUUCGUGUUAAACUAUGGAUCUAUUAAAUUAUUUCAUACACAUA